AUGUCCUCCAAGCGUCAAUUGCUGAAGAUUAUUAUUCUUGGCGACAGUGGGGUUGGUAAGACCUCACUCAUGCACCAAUACGUGAAUAAGAAGUUUGACAGUCGCUAUAAAGCCACCAUCGGAGCUGACUUUCUCACAAAAGAAUUGGAAAUUAAUGGACAGCUCGUUACACUUCAAAUUUGGGAUACCGCCGGUCAGGAACGUUUUCAAUCACUUGGAUCUGCUUUCUACCGUGGGGCCGAUGCGUGUAUUCUCGUCUUUGACGUUACCCAACAGGAGUCCUUUGCACAUAUCUCAUCGUGGCUGGAGGAGUUUAACAUUCAGGCAGGCAGACGUGACAGUGUGCUCAUUGGUAAUAAAACAGAUCUAAACGAUCGCAGGCAGGUGGCAAGUAAAACUGCACAGGCAUGGUGCGUCGCACAGAAUAAUAACCAUGACGACAAGAACAACAAUAACAAUAAUAAUAACAACAGUGAUGAGGCUCCUAAUAGUGCGGGGGUUGAGGGCAUGCAGUACUUUGAGACUUCUGCGAAGGACAACACCGGUGUGGAGGAGGCAUUUCUCGCCGUUGCUGCUGCUGCCCUCGCAAAGAAGGCAACCGCAGAAGAGGAUGUAGUGCUGCCGCAGUCUGUCAAUCUUGCCCAACCAGCGCCACAGAGAAAUAAUUCUUGUCCAUGCUAG